CAAGAUGGCCGGCACAAAGGAGAAACUGAUCCACAAUCUGCUGAGCGACCCUCCCUCCUCCCCCACAGUAAGGUCACCAUCGUUGGCGUGGGCGCUGUGGGCAUGGCUUGUGCCAUCAGCGUCCUGCAGAAGGAGAUGGCUGACGAACUUGCUCUGGUUGAUGUGAUGGAAGACAAACUGAAGGGUGAAAUGAUGGAUCUGCAGCACGGCAGCCUUUUCUUGAAGACCCCAAAGAUUGUCUCCAGCAAAGAUUACAGUGUUACAGCCAACUCCAAGCUGGUGGUGAUCACAGCCGGCGCUCGUCAGCAGGAAGGAGAGAGCCGCCUGAAUCUGGUCCAACGCAACGUCAACAUCUUCAAAUUUAUCAUUCCCAAUAUUGUAAAAUACAGUCCAAACGCCAUACUGCUCGUCGUCUCCAACCCUGUGGACAUCUUGACCUACGUGGCCUGGAAGAUCAGCGGCUUCCCCAAAAACCGUGUCAUCGGCAGCGGCUGCAAUCUGGACUCGGCCCGUUUCCGCUACCUCAUGUCAGAGAAACUGGGGAUCAAUUCGCUGAGCUGUCACGGCUGGGUCAUCGGUGAACACGGAGACUCCAGCGUUCCUGUAUGGAGUGGAGUGAACGUGGCCGGCGUGUCUCUGAAGACUCUCAACCCAGACAUGGGCUCUGACUCCGACAAGGAGAACUGGAAGGAAGUUCACAAACAAGUGGUGGACAGUGCCUACGAGGUGAUUAAGCUGAAGGGUUACACAUCCUGGGCCAUCGGCCUCUCGGUGGCGGAUCUGGCUGAAACCAUGCUGAAGAAUCUCAGGCGUGUGCACCCCAUUUCCACCAUGAUCAAGGGAAUGUAUGGCGUGAACGAUGAAGUCUUCCUCAGCGUACCGUCCGUUCUCAGCAAUCAGGGCAUCACAGACGUCAUCAACAUGACCCUGAAGAAGGACGAGGAGGACCGUCUUAAGAAGAGCGCAGACACACUCUGGGGCAUCCAGAAGGAGCUGCAGUUCUAA